AUCUAUGAUGUCACAGAUGAACAACUCUCCCCUUUUGGACACUGAAAAUAUACCCCAAAACAUCUCUUUUUGCUCAUUCUAAUCAUAUGACAAACGAUUCAUCAAUGAUAUAAUGUUGUGAAACCUCUGUACGUGUCCUCUCAUAAAGAGAACACCUCACCUUGUGAUAGACUCUAUAAAAGUGAGAAUAUAAGUGAAAUAAGUACUAAAGUAAUGAGGGAGUUGUACGUGUGUGACAUCACAGAUCUUGGUCGCAUUGCCAAUGGGAGGAUCUACAUGGCAUUAGUGAUCUCGACAUUCAAAUGCUCAUAACUUUCUUAUUAUUCAUUCAAUCUUCCUCAAACUUUCAACAAUAUGUUUCUUUGAUUUUUCUCUUUGAUAUGGAUUCAGCUGGUUUCAAGGGUUUCAUUCUCCUUUAAACUCUGAUCUAAAUUUGUGGUUUAACUAUGGAUAGCCAAUUGUGACAUAAAUCUCUAACAGUAGAGGUUUAUAGAAUCAGCUCAUUCGACUCUCAAAUCAUUCUUAACUGUCUGGGAAGGAUGAAAAAGGGAUAAUUAUAAUACCAUUAAAGAAUUCCCAUAAUUUAAGCAGAGUUAGACCAUGGUCUACAUGUAAGUUAAACCCGAGUUCAGAAUAUGGGCCAUAGGCUUUAUACAUGGGCCACCUGGUACCAGUAGACGGCAGGUUAACAGGAUUCAUUAUUUUGUAUUCUUCUUGCAGUGAUCGUCCAAGCUGAACCAAAUAAACCAGCCCUCAACAUGGAUACUGUCCUCUUCAAACCAGAUAGAUCGGUCCUUGGUCAGGUAUAUGAACUCUUUGGGCCUGUUGUCUCCCCGUUCUACUCUGUCCGUUUCAACAAUGCAUCCGACAUCGAGCAGCAUGGGAUCAAACUCAAAACAGAGGCCUUCUUUGCCCCUAAGAAUGUGGAUGUAACUCAGUAUGUCUUCACAGAGCAGCUCAAGAAGAUGCGUGGUUCAGAUGCAUCGUGGAAGAACGAUGAGGAAUGCCCCGAAGAUGUUCAGGAGUUCAGCGACGAUGAGGCAGAGUCCUUGGCAAAGAAUGCAAAGAAGAAAGAUAGGAAGAGGAAAGUUCCACAAGGAAGGAAUGAUGGCUUUCAAAAUGGACAUGGGCAAUGGAGACAUGGUAAUGGACAAGACCAGUUCCAUGGCCAAAGAAGCCAGCCUCGGCCACAUCCUCCUCUCCAGAGGCAGGCAGCGUGUAGACCUCCACAAUUUGGACCUCCUUCGUUUGUUCCACGUCACCACCAUCAGCAGCAACACCGGUUCAUGCAACGCCAUUCAAACCCACCGGGAUGGAUGCCUGCCAACAUGGGUCCCUCAAGAGGGGACGUCCCCUGCCCUCCGAGACAGUGGCACAGUGCUCCACCACCGAGGCCUCCAGGCUUCCCUCCGGGUGUUCCACCGAUGUUCCAGAAUCCACAGACCACAGAGCCUCCCCCGAGCCUUCAGCCGCCUCCUCAGCCUUCCCUGCAGCAGAUGAUGCAGCAACAGGGCUUCUCGGCUCGGAAGAUGGAAGGGGCUGCGUCUCUCAAACAAAGUGCGUCCAUACCCAAUCCCCAGAUGGGUGUGCCACCGCCAUGGCAAUUGAACCCUCCCCCGCCCCCUCAGUCCUGGGGUGCUGCACCCCUUCCUGCUAGAACUCCAUUCAUGAGUGCUCCUUCAGCCACUCCGCCACAGUCUCCAAGCACCGCACAAACCAAUGCCUUCACUAACCCGCCAAGCAAUCAACCAGUACCGCCCCCGCUCGGCUUCUCUCUCUUCAGCAUCCCUCCACCACCACUGACUCUUCUGCCCCCUCCCCCUCCGGGUGUGCCUCCAAGGGGUGACCAGGCCCAGAAACCGCCCCCGUUGAUGGACCAACAGGUGCAUCCGGUUGCAUCCCCGCAACACUCUGCACCCAGUCAGAUGCAGCAAUGGAUCCAGGCCCAAUGCCUCCAGGGCCAGACCCUCUUCACUCCGAAGAUGGGAGCUCUGGCUGCCGCAGUUCCGGUCUCCACCUCCAACUUUGCUCCGCCUCCCGUUCCUCCUCCUUCAUUCCAUCCACGCAUGAUGCAGUCCUUUAGACAGGAUCCGAAGACUCCUAACAGCCAAGGGGCUCCACAUCAUUCAUGAAAGACACUGAAUUUCUAAGAUUGGAAAUCAAUCUUAGCAAGUUACUAUGGGGAAAAAAAUCACGAAGGAGUUUUAUAUAUCUCAAUCUAUAUAUGUGAAGUUUGUUUUUCUUAUUCAAAUAUAGAUUAAAGAUCUUCAAUUUGAUUUUAGACUCCUCACCUAUAUGCAAGUGAUUGAGUGUAACCUACUUAGACAUUGUUCUUGCUGUUUCUUUAUAUUGUAGUGUUGAACACAAUUUGAGCUUCAAUAGUCUUGCACAUUGCCUUUUUGUGUUUAUGCACUACAGGUAUAUGGAUCAUAGCUGAAAAGCAUGAGGGGCUUACCCCCAAAAUGUCAAACCUAGCCAUUUCUUAAUGGCAUAUGAUAAAUAUGUCAAGGAAACCAUUUAUGAAGGUGUUCGCAAACUUGGUCUCAAAAGAUGCGCAAGACUUGAAAGUAAAAAAAAGUCAUUGAGCAGCGCGGUAAAAAAAUAUCGCGCGGUGAAACUAUUGCGCAAAUCGCAGCCUUUGGCCUAGAUAGGGUUAAAACUAAUUAUCAAUAACAAUAACAAGUACUAAAAUCUAUUAUGAAUUCACUGUCCAGUACCAAAUUAUAUUCAAAUUCGAAUUGAGGAUUUUAGUGUCUUAUAGCAUCUUCCUUUUCAUUUUACAAUCACAUUGAUUUCACACAAAAAAAAACUGCUGCCUUUUCUGUACCAUUGUACCAUUCUUGGAAUGUACAAUUACAUGUAUUGUUUUUACGUUGUUAUUUGUAUCCCUUUCUUUGUGUUGAAAAGCAGAAAUGCCAAUUUAAAGGUCCUAUGAAUAUAAGGUUGUGUUUAGAGUUCCAUGCAAAUUUUGGUCAAGAUUUGGUGGUAAUCUUUUUACUUGAUUGCUAAUUAAAGAAAGCAUGAAUGAAGCAAGCAACUAGAGGACUGAAGGCUUAAUGUCCUCUCCAAGGGACCUGGUAUUGAUAAAUGCCUAAUUUCCAAAGGGCACAAGUGGGAAUGGAUCUGAGUCGCUGGAAUUCAAGACCCCUGCUUUACCCACUGAGCUAUUAUGCCUUCAGUAGCCCAUAUAUCCAUCCAUAUUCUAUUUCCUGAGAGUGUUUCAGCCAUUUGAGAUGAAAAUAUAGCAUAUUUUGUUUUCUUACAGUAUAUGUGACCCUCUAUUGUAAAACACUAAGUUGGAUACCAUAUUGUAGGUUUGGAAAUGGUGAUACUUAUUUUUAAGAAUAUCGGUGACUUGCAAUUUCCUUAACUAAGAAUUCCUUGAAAUUUCAUUGACAGUUUGUGAAAGUUGUACGUGCCAUUUUCCAUAAUAAUGGACAAUAGAUGGCCAAGGACUGAACCAUGCAAGCAUGUGCAGGACUUCAUUGUCCAUAGCACAAAUGGUUGAAGCAAACAUGUGUUGAUCAAAUGAGCAUUCGUUAUUGGUUCAGGCACGAAGUUUACAUAACCUUUGAAGAGAUAUGCUCUCUUGAAUAUGUCAAAUUUUGAGUUGAUGUAAAGACAUUUUGAUCAAUACAAACUGAGUGUUGCAGGAUAUUUUCAAUCAAUUGCAAAUUUCCAUUGCAAAUUUACAAUUGAUAAUCAAUUUAAGCUGUAACAUAUCAAUUGAGCCUCUUGUUUAAAAGAAAUAAAACAGACCAGCAAAUGAUUGCAUAUUUUGCAGUACUUGUGGUUGAUUUUAGAACCCCAAAUUGAAUUACGAUUGAUUUCAAGAUUUGCGCAAUGCUCCAUAAGACUCCCCCCCCCCCCCAAUAAGGUGCCAGACAAUUUUUUAUCAUUAAAAGAAAAGAAUUCUGACCAUCAUUUUUUUGCUGCUUAACAACAGUAGGGAUGGUUUAUUACCCCCCCCCCCUCCCCCCCCAAAAAAAAAAAUGAAUAACCAAGUAUUUCUAACCGAACUGAUUUGUUUUAGCUCUUUACACUAAACAUAUUGUGACUUUUUUGGUUGUCUUGUAAAGUUUUAAAAUCAAAAUUUGAUUUAAAAAAAUCAUUUAUGUUUUCAUUUUAGGCUAUAUUGAUAUUUACAUCAAUGACUUACCAAAAGCGAUAUUCACAUUGCUUGAUCUUUAAUAUGACAAUUAACAUCCCUCCAAAAGGAACGUGAAAGCCAAAUCAUUUCAAAUUAUCCAAGUCUAAGUGAUUGCUAAUCAUGUAACUUUUCCCCAAUUAUCCAUGCCGAACAUGUACAUUUUUGUCUGACUUGUCUUCCAAUUUGCCUCCAUUUUUGUUUUCCAAAUGCUAAUGAACGUACCACGCACAUGUUUGUUUGUAAAUUUAUGUGAAUGUGAAAGAGAGUCAAUUGUACUUUUCCCCUAGAAUGUCUAUUAAAUAAACAUGGCAAAAUA